CGUCUCUCUUGCCUCCCACCACAAAGCCUAUAAAUAGGCUUGCUGCAUUCAAAUUUAAGAGACGGGAGGGAAAGGGGAAAGGUCCGGGGGAAGAAGUGGGGAAGGGCUAGGAUCUGCGGCGAACCAUUUCUCCGUCGUUUUCUUGGGCGAUCGAAUGAUCGGAUUGAGAUCAUUUACUGCUUGAAAUCUACUAUAGGGAUUUGAAUUUUCCAAGUGAGUUUUGAAAUGGAGGUCUUGCGCAAACGUAUGAAAACAGCGGAUGGAAGCGAGGAGGGAACUGCCGGAGGAGUCGAUGCUGGUGUGGAGGAAGAAAUGACGGCCACGGCGGGUUCGGAUGAGAUGAUCCAGGUUUGCUCGGAAGAAAUGGAGUCCGACAUUCAGCGCAUCCUGGAGAAGAUCGAUCGAUUCACUCAGCAGCUUUCGGAGAUGCUUGAAACAGGGAAGCAACUAUUCAAGGAUCUCAGCUCCGAGUUUGAAGAGCGUUUGAUCAUGAUUCAUCGGGAACAAAUGGAGAAAUGGCAACAUGAUAUAAAAUUGCUGCGCAUGAUCGACUCUACAAACGAAGCAUCCAGGGCUCUUCUGAAUAACGCUCAGCUUCAUUUGCUGCAGAAUGUCCGUGAGAACUGAAACCCUUUUUCCGCAAGUGGCAAGGAACAAUUUAAAUAUAAAAACUAAAUAAUAAAAAGUAAAAAACAAACCUAAACAAAAACUCCCUAAACUUUUCAGCUCGUAGACCCUUAAGACUAUCAGAAUGAUGUCCUGACAUUUGUGUUGCUCCGUAGAAAGUUUGAAUUGGGUACUUAUCAGUGGAUUCGUUUUACUCCCUGCAAUGAUUUGAAUUUUUAUUUUUUAAAUUUUGGAGGGAAAAGCUGACCAUAAAAACACGAAUUUCAUAUAAAUAAGAUCAAAUGCCUGCCAAUUUUCUUAUCAAUGAUUUGAUUUUUUUUUUCCUAAAGGGUUUUGGCAC